AUCCAAUCGAACAGGCCGCAUUCAACGUAGACAGCGUCAACCACCACUCCUCGAGCAACAAUGACCGCUUUCAACCUCAAGGUCGUGCCCCAGCCCCACCUCGGCCGCUUCUCCGCUGCCUUCUUCCGCCCCUUCGGCACCUCGCUCAUCGGCUGGGGUAUCGGCACCAGCGCCGCUGUUGCCCUCUUCAUGGGCUCGGUCCCCAUCUUCCAGAAGGACGUCCUCCGGAAGUUCCCCCUUCUCGACAAGUACUUUGCCGACAACACCCCCGACUCGGACAAGCCCUUCUAGAUGCCUAAAACGUCUGCAAUGCAUACGCGUGAACACGAGUGUGGCGAGUCUGGUUACCGGCGACAGGGAGGGAGAGGGAGGCGUGGGAACGAACGAGGCAGGGAAGGAGCGGCGUCGAUUCCUUCCUCGUCGCCAGCCGGGGUCGCGACUCACCGCGCGAGGCGCUACGCGUCCAGCCGGCGACGCGGUCAGGAAUGUAGCUGUUCUCAGCCUCACUAACGGUGUCCAUGUGUUUGUUUGCGCCAGGGCAAGCCGUGGCAUGUGGGGGAUGGUCGUGUGUGCGAGGUAAGGGAUGCCGGUCACAAGGCGGCCCGAAAUGCCAGGCAGCGAGGGUCCGGCCCGUUAAGCAUGAC